GUCGAGUGCAAAUGAUAUAGGACGAAACAAAGACGGCAUAGAAAAAUGCCGUAGUUCUCGGAAUUAAUUGUUGGCGGAACUAGUUGAGGGAACCGAAAGAACACUGAAAUCUUUGAAGCCGCUGUAUAGCAGGACUAUCAAAACGGUGUUUCCUUCCAAAACUACCCGCAACAAUGUUCGAACGUGCCUUCAAAACUUAAACCACUUGAAUGGACCACCUCAGGCGCUGCUAUGGUCAACAUUUACAAGAAUGUUUUACAAGCAAUGAAAUUGCAAAAAAGUUCUUUAGAGCAAAAAUGAAGAUUUCAUGAUUUAAUUCAUGUUUUAAUGUUUUUCUAUUUUGAAAAUCUCAGCCUGUAGUUAACUGCAGAAAAGUAAAUAAGCCACAGUUUUGUAUUUACUAUUAUGUACCAACUCUCUUGACGAGAAAGUACAAUCUAAAACCUAUACUUCGUACUAUCGUACUUCAUCUGAAUGGAACAUAAUUUAUUUACAGCAGAACAUUUCCUAAAUUCUUAUAAUAAUCGGUCGUUUGAAGAUUGCGGGUGCAACAACGCGAAAAUAAAACAGCCGAGAUCAUGAUAAGGCUGUUUUGUGUCAAGUGCUAGAUGAACGGAACGGAUAUCCUACUUCAUAGCAAAUAGUCCAACGAACUGGAAAGGACAAACGUACAGCAACAGAGCUCACUUGACCAUGACAUUCGUGUUUGUGUUUCCUUCAACUGAUUUAUUACUGCUCAUUGAGAACCAGAAGAAAACCGGAAGCCAUAUGUGUUCGUGAGCAUUCCGACGCAUAGUGUCAUCAGUGCGUGGUCUGUGUAUGCAACAGUGAAACUGAUAUCAUUCACUAAUCAUACGAUGCUGAAGUGGGUUAUCACACGUGGCCCCAGCGAAGCUGGUCCACGUGUCCCUCCAACCAUCCCGCACCAGAACUGCUUGUGCGACAAAGAAAACCACUGCGAAGAGUACAUCGAAAUUGAAAACAAUAACUCCUACGCUUUCAACGAAAUGGGAAAUUACUUCAGUCCUAGAAAAUGUCGGGUUUCCUCAGGCCCUCUGAAACGAAGCGCGUCCAAGGCUUGUACUUGUCUGAAGGAUAUCUAUCAAACCGAAUCGACGGACAUUAGUUCCCGUAAAAAGCCACUUUCUUCGAGUAAGUCCUCCAUCGAACGCACCAGAAAGCUACGAACUCGUCGAGAACGCAACAAAACUCUAGUCAAGCGCCUGUCCAGUGCGAAUUUGAGAAACGACUCGUAUACUCUCACAACCACUAGCCCUACGGUGGAGCCUCUCAGUGCAGAGUUACUGCAAGCUUACCUUAACUCGAACAGCUUAUUCAAUGAGCGGGAGAUCAAAAGCCCCGACGAACCAAGCCCAGUACAAUCCGGAAGGUUGUUCCGCCAAAGAGUGGUUCGAAGAAAGCACAGCAAAACGACCAAAUCGAUCGGUCAACUGCAGCUAGAUCCGAACGAAAGUGCCAACAUUUUCGACUGUUUCGUUUUCCGAGAACUAGCCCAGGAUAUGAAUGAAUAGAAAUGAACAUGAUAUGAUUAGGGUAAAUAAAAAGUAGAAAUGAAAACGCAUACUUUAAUUAUUUAUAAUUUUUAUUUUAAGAUCAAAGGAAAAAGUUAUUUUGCAUUAUAACUGUGUACAGUUAGCUAAUUUUUUCGCCGUCCAGCAUUUUCAGCCAUCACGCCCUUGUUUAUAUUAUGCUUGUUUCAGAAUUUCAAUGACUUUGUUUUUUAUAUGUAUCCACUUUGCGAUUCCAUAAAUGCGAUAGUUUCAGUUGUAUUUGUUGAAGUAUUUAUAAUUGUGAUAAUUUCCUUUCCUUCAGAAUUACUUCUGCCAUCGCUUCAAAGCGGAUUCUAUUAUACUGUAGCUUUAGUUUGGAAAUGUACCCAUUCUUCUUAUGCAGUGCAUUUACUUGAGUCACUCACUUCUGGUCUGCCUGUGAGCAUUUAUUAUGUUGUACAAUUUCAUAGGUAAUGUUCAUGAUUUCCAUCAUUAAAUCACAUUCUUCUUCUUCAUCUACACGAUUGGAUCUAUCCUGCCUGGGGUUGCCUAUUUUAUCCUUCAAAUACUUGCGAGCUUAAAUAUGUACUUAACAUUAUUUACACAUAUAAAUGUAAAUCUCAUAUUUUGUGUUUGUUUUUUCUCUCUUUGCCUUAUUCAGUUUUCUUUGCUCAUUUAAUCAGGUUGCUUUACGUUUCCCCCACACUCGAAAUCAUCAUUCGUCUUGCGUUACGAAAUAGUUUUUCUAGAA